UUAUACGAACAGGUAUCCACCGCUCGCCCACGCCAUGCCCUCCAAGGAAAACACCAGACCACUGCCCAACCCCAUGUCCACAAGAAGCUUAUCCAAGUCAUCCAUUCCCAGAACUGCAUGCCCGGAUACGGCUCCCCUCGGCAUUAAGGGCCCCCUCGGCAUCAAGGGCAUGGCUCUCCUCGACGACUCGGCAAACAAGAGCAAUCAUCCCCCUGCCAAGGAUCAAACGAUCAAAGUCGCAAAAAAGGAUGAUCUCAUGGAGAAGAAGAUCAAGGGGCUGGAAAAGAGAGUGGACUGCAAUGCCCAGGUCAACAGGGAUAAAAUCUCUUCUCUGGACAAUCGCUUAACGAAACUUGAAGCGCACUACUACAGCAAAUUCUCUCAAACCGUAGAUACCCCACCAAGGACAGCAGAAUCACCUUCCGCUUUGGUCAAAAGCCCCCCAGUACCGGCCCUGAAACGAAAGAUGGAUGCAGCAAUGGAAUGGGAAAGGAGUAUGAUGAGCGGUGAAAUAACAUUGACCGGUAUCGAGGAAGCAGAAGCGAAUGACGAGGAUGAGGAGACACGGCAAAACGGAGUGCAAGGUCUUCAAGAGCUGGGAGGGCUGGUCGGCGAUCAACAAACUCAAAUUGACCAGUUGAAACAACAAAUUUCUCAGCAAUCAGAGCAAAUCUCCUUCCUUGUCGCCAGCAUGACACAAUCUCAGCAAACAAUCGCUUCUCUCCAAUUCGACCUUGAUGUUGAACGAGGAAGAAUAGCCGAUUUUGAGACAAGGCUCGAGGAUGUCGAAGACAGCAACGAUGUCAGAGACGCCAGUCUUAUUUUAACUGACUCUUCAUCCUUGCCAUCCGCAAGUAAAUCUGAAGACGGGAACGAGGAAAAAUUCACAAGUUUGAUGAAAAGGAAAGCCAGCGAGUAUGAUGAUAGUAGCAAAGAAGCAUCACGCAAAAGAACAGUACAUUGACCUUUUGUUUUCUCUCUUUCUUUUGUUUAUGCCUCGUUUCACCGUGUAGAAAGAACCCUCCCGAGUUAGGAUCCUGGGAAAUGUACCCAAUAGCCUCUCAAACA